AUGGCUCAACGUCAGCUGUCGCGUACGCUCCCCAAAAACUUUACUUUUCCCUCUCUCAAUGCCGACGGGCCCAAGACCCCCGAUCGUCCCUCCGCCUCGAUCGACGUUCCUCCCCCGCCGCGUCAUUCCAUCUCCAGCUGCCGCCUGCCUCGCGUUCGCGUUCGUUCCGGCACUGAUGUCUGCGCACGGAUGGAUCUGGAUAUCUUCCGCUUCCAAGGAAAUCAGGACGUCGCUCUGCCUUCCAUCGAAGUGAACAACCAGAGCGUCGCGCUUGACGCGUCCUUUUCCGAUGAACCCACCAGCGACAAGCGCUUCCUUGCACCUCCGCGCCAGCGCAUGGUCUUCAAGACGCCUCCUGCGCAGAUUGCCCGCGCGGAACACGACGGCGGCGACACCGAAAGCCAGUGGCCCUCGUGGGAUCAGACACCCGCCGCCUGCAACAUCCCCCGUCCCGACUCCGCUUGUUCAAACCACUCCGACUCAUCCAUCGAGUCAAUUGAAACUUUUGCCUCGCGACCUUCAGUAGGAGGAAGCUGUACGAGUGCUGAGAGCGACUUUGACUCUUAUUUCCCUCUUGAGUUCCCUAAAGAGCCCGAGAUGAGUUCUCCUACCCUGCCCAAGAAGCAUCGGGUGAUGCGCUCCCAGACGAAGGAUAAGUCAUGGAGUCGCGAAAUGGACAACCACUUGUGGAACACGUAUCAAAUGUACCUGCAGGAUCCUACCAUGACUCCUUUCAAGAUGACCCCGGGCAGUAUCCCGCCGCUGGGCGUUACAUCUCGAGUCUCUCGCCGCGCCAAGAAGACAUGGGAGAAGAACCAUCGCAUCAUCAAGUCUUAUUCCAUGCAUUCUACUGACCGCAGCGGGAGCUCCACUCCAAAAGCAGUCGAGGGUACCACUCAGACUAUUUGGCCCAAGUCUGAUGCUAAGACGCGCCGACGACUGAAGCUGCUUUGUCGCCGCAAGUUCUGCAUCAUGCCUCAUUACCAGCGCAUGAUGCAGUCUCGCAGCCCAGAGCCUGCUGCAGACAUGCUCGGCGCGAACACGGAAUCGCAUAUUCGUGAUUUCGCAGACAACAGCACUGCAGCUUACGGCACUCGGGACCUCGGCGUUUCCCUUAUCUCCACAUAUGAUCCUACUCCGCUAGCGCAGCUCGCUGAGGCUCCUUUGCCCGAAGAGCCCAACACGGAAUGGUUCAACAACCCGGUUCAAACCCCCUCUACCAAUCACAUGCCUCCACCCGUCAACCAGCACCUUAAUGUUCAUUCUACUCACAAUAUUCCGCGCCUGGGAUCGCCCUUUGUAUACAACACGUGGGGACCUGGAGGCUCGGGCCGCCAAGUCCAAGAUCUCCCUCCCCGGCCCGGACAAUGCAUCGACGUUUGUGAGGAUAUGGAACCCUCCGAUGCAGAAGUACAGAACCGGUUGGAGCAUUAUAUGCGCGACAACAAGCUCCAAAGCAUGGGCCACGGUCGAGUCCGUGUUCGCAAUCGAGGUGCUACUACCAGUGGUGCUGUUGGCCCGCGGGAUGUUGACCAACUUUUUUCACCUCCUUCAUCCCUGAACUCAUCGCAAGCGGAAGAGACCACACCCGUCGCCAAGCCGCCCCACCCAUUGCUGAGCCUCCAGCAGGGCGAGAACAUCAAACGCCUGGGCUCACCCUUCAAAUUGGAUGGCGGAUUUAGGCGUCGUGAUGCCCCUCGCCGUUUCGUCCGACAUGCACCUUCGCUGUCGGACCCUUACCUGACUAGUGGAAUCCCGCCAUAUCGAGGCACAGUGGCUAAUCCAUCUCCCAUGGAGCAGGACAAGCCUACUGGUCCAUCACUGCAGGAUCCCUUCGAGGAGGGACUCUCCGAUGCCGAGCGCAUCCGCCGGCAAAUCCUAAACAUGCCAUUCGUGCGCUAA